CAACAAAAAAUCUUCAAUAUUUAUUGUUCCAACAACAGCAGCAACAACAACAACAACAAAAUAAAACAGGAAAUUUAUUAUCAAAAUCACUGUCAACGACUACGACUAAAAAACCAAAUGUUAUGCAUCAGAAUACAAUGUUGAUGAGUAUGUUAAGUGAUGUACCAGCAUUGGGUAUUAAUCAAUCAUCGACAUCAUCGACUCCAACAACACCAACAACACCAUCUAAUAGUACUACAAGUCUUUCUAAAUUGACAUCUUUAUCAAAUCCGAAUAUUAGUAAUAAUAAUAAUAACGUAAAUUCAAAUAACCAGAAAAAACGUAAACGUCCUUCAUCGGGUGAAACGGAUUUCAUUGAUUCGACUGGUGGAAAACGACGUACAAUAAUGUUGGAUAAUUUACUUGGUGGCCAAAAUAAUAAUCCACAUUCAACAAUUAAACAGGAACCGAUUGAUACUGUGAAUGAAUAUUCAUCAACAACAGCAAUGACUACUUCGUCAAUCGAUACGAAUAGUCAUCAUCAUCAAGUCGGUAGAAGUGAUUAUAAAUUUAAUUCAAUCAAAUCAGGUGAUGAAGAACAAUUGAAAAUCAUCAAGCAAUUGGAAGCUAUAUCUGGACAAAAAGAAACAUCAUCAUCAACGGAUAAUGUACCGAAAUUAAUAUUAAAAAAUCAACAACAACAAUCACAGCAAAAUAAUCAACAGAUCAAAAUCGGUUCAACCAAAUCGAAUUUAUCAUCGAAAUCGAUUAUAUCAUCAGAUAUGGAUCUAAUGAAUACGAUGCUUAAUCCUACCGGGGUUAGUGGUCAAAAUAAUAACAAUAAUAAUAAUAAGAAUAAAAAACGUAAACGUGCCGAUAGUUUGGAACAUAAUAAAGAAUUCAUCAUAUCGGCAACAGGUUCAGCUUCAUCGGAUAGUUUAUUAAGUAGUAAUAGCAGUGGUGGUGGUGGUAGUAGUAAUUCAUCAUCACCGAUAAUUAAUAAGUCACAAUCAUCUCGGGUAUAUCAAUCAUCGGGUAAUAUGAUGAUGACCAACACUAUAAAUUCAUCAUCAUCAUCAUCAUUUUCAACAACACAGAAGAAAAAAUUAUCUCCACCAUUAUCAACACAAUCGAAUUAUAUAGUUUCAUCGGCAUCCAUAUCACCAUCAUCAUUGAAUCGUCAAUCAUCAACAAUUGGAUCCAUCAAUAAUCAAGGAGCGGUUACAUCUUCGAUAACUUCGCCAAAAAUUCUUCAAUCAUCAUCAUCCACAGCAGCUUCAUCGUUGUUAUCAUCAUCAUCAUCAUCAUCACCACAAUCUCAAUCGGUAUUGGCUUCACAAUCAUCAACGAUUGGUGGUGGAUCAUCAUCAGCAGCUGGUUCAGUGUUAAAAUCAUUAUUUGGAAAAACAACAAAAAAAGCAUCAUUAACAUCGGUUGUUGAUAGACUUUUACAGAAGAAUGCUGUUGAUGGUUCAUCAUCAUCUUCUUCAUCAUCAUCAUCACCAUCAUCGUCAUCAUCAUCAGCAUCGACAAUUUCGAAUUCAAAUCAAUCAUCAACGAUAUUGUUACAAGUUGGACAAUCAACAUCACCAGAAAUAUCGUCAAAUACAAACAGAGUUGAUUCUUCCUCAUCAUCAUCCAAACAAACAACUCAAAGGCCCACAACAACAGAAAAAUCAACAAAAUCAUCAUUUUAUCGUGAUUCACAAUUUACAAUUAAACAAUCAAAUUCUGGUUUGAAAAUGAGUAUUACUAAAACAAAAACAUCAUCAUCUGGUGGUGUUAGUGGUGGUAACAGUGGAUCAUUAUCAUCAUCAUCAUCAUCCACUCAAUCAAUGUUGAAUACGGGUAAUUCAUCAUCAUCAUCACCAUCAUCAACUGCCGAUUCUGUUUUAUCUAAAUUGACAAAUGUUUCGGUAUUUAAAAAUAAUAAAUAUACAAUACCAAAAAUACAGAAAAAUUCUCAAUCAUCCAAUUCGAAUGUAUCAAGUUCGACUAUAUCAACAUCAUCAACACCUUCUUCUUCUUCCGUUUCAUCAUCAUCAUCAUCAUCGAAUACUAUUUCUACAUUUACAGCGAUCACAUCACCAACUUCUUCAACUGGUUCAACAACAAGUGGUAAUAAUAUUGUUGGAUCAACUUCUCCACAACAAUCGAAUCGUAGAAAUGCCAAUUCAUCACCAUUAUCACAAAGUGGUAAGAUAUCACCAUCGCCAAGUAAUCGAAUGUCACCGAAAAAUCAGCCAACUCAAACGCAGAAAUCAUUAUUUAAGUCACCGGAUCUUCCUCCGCCAUUACUUUUAUCACAAUCUCCUACUGGAACAUCAAACCUAUCUUGUUCUCCACAAUCUUAUUCAUCAUCAUCAUCAUCAUCCGUAUCGAUAACUUCAACAUCAUCAAAACCAUCUUUAAUGCAAUCGAUAUCGACUGGUAACAAUAAUAAUAAUCGUUCUGGUUCGAUGUUGCCUCCACAAUCAGGGUAUAAUUCACCUGGAAUUUCUACCACUGGUAUUACACAAUGGCCAUCUCCAAAUUCAUCUUCAAUGGAUAAAUUCAAUAACAAUUCAAUGGUUAUUGGUUCAACAAGCUCAGAUCAUCUUACAUCAUCAUCGAAUAAUGAUUCUAAAUUACAAGCCUGUCUUUCAACAUCUACACCUAGUUCUCCAGCCGAAUCAUCAUCACCGUUAUCGGCCGAAAGUCGUAAUCCACCUCUAAUUAUACCUACGGAUCCUAUUUUCGAUCAACCAUCCACACAGCCAACUGAACAAGGACACACAAAAUUCAAAGAAUCAAUUAAUGAUUCUUCCACAUCUCAAAUUGAUUCUAGUUAUACAAGUGAUUCACAAGUCACAAAUGUUGAAACAUCUACAAUGAAAACAUUUCAAUCAUUAUUAUCCGACAAGGAUAAUCUUGUCUCAUCUGAUUCAAUAAAUUCAUCGUCUUCUUCUAUGACUACCACUGUUGCUGCUAGUUUGUCAACAUCAGAUGGAUCAUCAACAACUUCUGGCCAAAAAUCCAUAGAUUCAUCCAAUACAUAAUCAUUAUCUUUUUUUUAAUAUUUUCAUAUUAUCAUUAUUAUUAUUAUUUUGAAAUUCAAAUUAAACAAAAUUUAAAAAUCA